AUGGCGGAUGUUUCGUCUUCGAGAAACUGCAAAAAGGUGGGUUUUUCUGCCGUGUUUUUAGCUUUUAUUCUCAUGCUGAAAAUAAUGACUUUCUAACCACAAGCCAUGAUCAUUAAUACGAUCUUUUUCUUCCCUUGUAAAAUAGACAUCGAUGUUUUGGAUACUGUCAUCUUUGAUUCUAUGUGUCAAUGUACUCCCCGGCGCUUCUUUCUAUCUUCCUGGGAUUGCUCCCAUCGAUUACAAAAAGGGAGAGAAACUCGAUGUAAAGGUGGGUUGCUUUAUGAAAACUAUUCGUUAGCCAUGUGUUGUUAGGGAUGUUAUUCACAGUGGAUACUCAUUCUAUGUAGCCAAUUAUUUUAACUAUAUAAGCUUAUAACCUUAGCUAUAAUAAUAUUAUUUUAAAAAAAUCCUUUAAAGGAGUUUGCCGGUAAGUUUACAUUCAGCUAUGAACCUUAUAAUUUACAUCUAUAUCAAAUAUAUGUAAACAUAAAUAAAGCUGGAAUUGUCAUCACACUUUCCCGCCGUUAGAAGGCAUCCAUAUCCAAGUUUUCAUUUUUUAUCAUUCAAUGAAGUUACCAUGUCAUUUACAAUCUUACAAUCUUGUUUAUAUUUUAUCCUCAGGGUCAAAGUUGCAGGUUUGCAGAUGUGACUAAAUGCCUUCAACCCAAACCCUGAUCCUUAUCCUAACACCUUCAGCUGCACUCCCAGCUGCAUCUGAAAAUAUUAAACCCAACAUUUUUGAUAAAUUUAUUUUGUCAGCUUUGUUGGUGUCUAGUUUUUUUGUUAUGCAUAUUAGCUUAUCUUGUUCCUGUAUUUUAUGGUUCUCAUUAAAUGCUGGCAACCGUCUAAAAAAAAGUGGCUACUUCGAGGCUUCUUGAGCUGUCCAUUUCUGGAGGAAAAAGGGCAAUAAAGUGAGGGAGUGAAAGCCUUAAAUUGCCUGCAGCACUCAAUUUCCAAGCCACCUUCUUUUUCAUCCUAGCUGCCUGCUUUAAAAAAUAACGAGAAUCCUGUAUAUUAUUAUUUUGGUCAUAUAAUGUAUAGUUGGGAGUCAUGAGAUACAUUAAAAAAAUAUAUAUGAGCGUGAGUCAAUAAUUAAACAAAUGAAUUUUUUUAAAAAAAUGAUUCAAUCUUUCCCUGCAUUCAAAGGCUAUUUGUAAAGUCUACUGCGGCCAGUGUGCAAAGAAAGUAGUGUCCGAUAGCCUGGGGCUAGUGGAUUUUGCUAUUGGGCUAGUGAAUUCUUUUUUUAACUUGCCCAAUGGGCAAGUGAUGUUUUUUGAGGAACUUGAAUAACAAAAGAACUGUGAAUCAAAAGCUUUUGGGGCUAGUUGAAUUGACAUCUGGGCUAGUAAAUGCUAGCUUCAGCUUGCCCAAAUGGCAACCUGUAAAAAUGAUUUCCUUUGCACCCUGGUACCCCUUUCACUCAUGCAUGAUGUAGACCAAAUUAUUUUGAGAUUCCAGUUGAACCUCUCCAUAACUGCCACCUUGGGGACACAAGAAAGUGGCCAUUGUGGACAUGUUGUGGCAGUUGGGGACAGACUUUAGUGGCCAUUGCCAUUAUAGAGAAGUGGCCGAUAUAGUAAGGUUUAAGUAAGAGUCAAUGUAUGGACUGUAUAAAAAGUGGCCAUUGUAGAGAGGUGGCCGUAAGUGAAGAUUCGAAUGUAUUUAUUGCUCUAACCUUUAAAUCUGUGAAUGAAAUCCUUUGCUGUUACUUUUAAAUGAGAUUUUUGGAAGAAUCUAUGAAAAUAAUUUGCAGUAUCAGUAGCAUUUUACAAACUAAAAUUUGAAUUUUUUUGUGAAGUCGUCCUUUUGCCAGUUGUAGGAGUGAAAAGGAUGCAUAAUGGAAAUCAGGGAUUGUUCAGUCAUCCAACACGCUUAAAUCUUAUUGCAAAAGAAAUUUCUUAAUUCUCACUGUGGCAACUGGCUUGGAUGCUCCUUUUUAUUUUACUGGCUACAGGCCCGGUUCAGAUUAUAUUACUGGGGUUAUGAUCUUGAGCUCUGGAUCCUGAGGUUGCUUCUGUUUCUUAAUUCCUUUGUUUCAUUUCCUAUUAAUUGGGAGGAAAAGUAAUGAAACUUAGGUGGACAGUAGUUACCCUGUAACUGCUUAAUUUCAGAUUGAAACACAUUUUUGUUUGAAAGGUUUAUACUUGUAAUAGUUAGUGUACGUGUACCAGUAGUGAAUUAAAAAUAUUGUGUUUUUUACUUUUGUAUUUGAAGGGUUAAGUCUUGAAAAUAGUUGUUAAGGUUACAGUAAGUUAACAGUUGUAUCUGUUUGUAAGAAAGUGUUAAAAAAGCCGAGAUCUUGACUCCUUACUUGUAACCUUAAUUUGGAUAUGUUUACUCACUAACAUCAUCAGCUGAACUUGAUGACUUUUUAGGCAGUUAAAAUGACAAGUGUAAAGACACAGUUACCAUUUGAGUACUACGCUGUGCCCAUUUGCAAACCAGACAAAUUGCAAUACAAGCCCGAAAAUCUAGGUAAGUUGUCUAGUCAGGUUUUUAUGUCAUUUUUAACCCUUUAAGCCCCAAUAUCCACAUACAAAUUCUCCAAACUGAUCUCCAUACAUUUCCUUUAAGAAUUAGUUGGGAGAAUUUGAUAGCAGAUCAAAGCAUUUUCUCUUAAUUGAUCAUUUCAUAAAUUCUCAUAACCUUAUCUCUUGACAAGGUAUGAAUAUUGUUGGGAGAAAAUUGAUGUUGGUCACCAUUGGGACUCAAGGGGAUAAAUUUUUCCUUUUAAGGUUUUUAUGUGCUCAUUUCAUAACAGAAAUUACAAGAAUGAAUAAACAAAUUUGAUUACCUUUGUAAAGUUACAUCAUAUGAUUUUGUUCUCAGGUGAAGUUCUUCGAGGGGAUAGAAUAGUCAACACACUCUAUGAGGUAUGUGCAGUUGUGUGAAUGGCAUCCAUUAUCACUAUGAAGUUUUCCAAAUCCAGAAAGUUUAUGCUUGAUUAACUAAGCAUUUCCUUCUUUAGUAAGUCCUUGACAUUUAGCAGUAUUACUUACCGGUAAUACAUGUUUCUGUAUAUAUAGCAUAUAAAUACCAUGGGUUUAGGUGACUGUAUAUGUUUUAAAACUGUAUGUUCAAUUAAUAUUUUUAUAUUUAUGUUAAAGGUCAAAAUUAUAUUCAGGGUAAAAUUUUUCAACCUAAGUUGCUUCUCAAUUUCUUUGUCUCCUAGCCGUGAUUAUCCAUGAGUGAGGGCUUGGAGACAAAAGAAAUUGAGAAUCAACCUAGUUUAAAAAAGUUUAACCUGAGUUUUAAUUUUAACCUGUAAGCUCUGUCUACACUGUCUUGUUGUUCACUUUUGGCCUGUAUAAUUUAUUAGAUCAAUAUGGCAGAAGACAAAGGUUGUACAUUGCUAUGCCAGCCAAAAACUUUAACUGGAGAUGAAUCAACUAAGCUUGUCAAGUUAAUAUCUGAAGAAUACCAUGUCCACAUGUAAGUAUCUUCAACAGCUGUCCUAAGUAAAGAAUUGAGUUUCGAGGAUCAAGUUUUGAGGAUCAAGGCAAGUCUUGAGUCUUGAAACUUUUCCCACUCAAAUGAUGCCUUGUAAUAAUUAUUAUUGCCCAGCAAAAGAGAAAACAGAUGAGAAAAAAGUGGGAAGGAGAGAAAAAGAAAGGAGAAAGUUGAUGGGGCUGUGUCACUUUUAAACCUGAAAACUAUCUAGCAAUUUUGGGCAGUUAUGGCUCUUUUUAGCGAGAUAGUGACCAGAAAAUGGCUCCACCAGCUUCAAACAGUGUUUUUCUCUGCCAAAUUUUCAAGAGCAAAAUGUUUAAUGUUUUUUUUACCUGUAUUCUCUUUCAGGGUGAUUGAUAACUUGCCUGUGGCUACAACAUUUGAACUGGAAGGCAAGGUACAUGUAAAUUGAUAACACUUUUUGUAGGCUAGAGCAGAAACUAUUUCUUUUUAUUAUUGCUUACAGUCAUUGCUUGGAACUUGUUAAUUUGUCGGCAGGAGCUGUUGAGUUAUCAGAGAGAUUAAGAGUGACAUUUAAGGAAGAUGGCUAACAUGAAUUUGUACCAUGUGACCAAGUUUUCUCACUACCUGUCAUUUACUGUUCAUUACUUCUACAAAAAAUAAGUCUUUUUAUGUCAUUUUUAUCCAUAAGAAUUGUUUUGAGCUGUUUUUAUAUGCCUAUUUUCUAUUUUGACAAAUUCUCAACUUGAAACUGACGUUUGUUAUUUGCUGUAAACGUGACUGUUGAUCUCUCUAAUGUUACUUCAGAAAUAACAGUAUGGUACAAUCAAGCCAACCUACAUGUCUGUGUAUAGGCAGUAUUUUUUUGUUUGAUUUCUUAUUCUAUUUUACUUUACAUGUACAUGUAACCUUUUACUUUCUUUAAACCAUAGAAACAGUAUGAUCAUGGAUUUAAACUUGGAUUUGUCAUAGACAAUGUAAGUGCAUCAAACAGUCGCUGAUUUAAACUAAACCAGCAUUAAUAAACUGUUAGUAGUAACAUUAUUCAAAACCUCUCAAACUCACCUUAGAACUUUGUCUUCUCUCUUUUAGAACAUUUUUUUGAACAAUCAUUUGAAAAUGGUUCUUAAAUACCAUACCUAUGACGAGUAAGUGUAUGUUAGUUGUUAUUAAUUUAGUUGUUUGUUAAAAAAUUGAAUUACAACUAUGAUGACAGCAGUAAGAAUAAUGGUGCAAUAUGUAAUGAGAGGUUCAAUGAGCUAAAACUUUUUCAGGAGAGGAACAAGGUUGUCGCAAGUGUGAAGAUCAGCAAAACAGUUUACUCAAAUUUUAUGAGUACCUUUAAAAAUUAAGAAUUCUUUCUGACAAGAAUUAAGUUGCAAAAAUGUACCUGUGUGGGAGACGUGUUAGGGACUAUCCACUUUAGUAGACAAAUUAGGAAUUUUCUUUGAAACAUUUCAGCCAAAAUGGUGAUAAUUUUUGUUUGAAAGAAUUUAUCCACACGGGAAACUCUUUACUCUUAACAGGGAGCAGAGAAAGUCAGUUUUACAGCCUGCCAUUCGGGCAAGCUGUAGCUAGCAUGUACUAGCCCACAAGUCAUUUCAACUAGCUCCAAAACCCUUGUAAUUAACAGGAUUGAUUACAAUCCUUCUGUUAUUUGAAUUUGCCCAAAAAACAGCACUUGCCCGUCGGGCAAGAUAAGAACAAAAAUCACUAGCCCGAUAGCAAAAUCUACUAGCCCUGGGCUAUCGGACAGGACUCUCUUUGCACACUGCUUAACAGGCCGCCACAUCUGUCAACACUUAAUGGAAAGAAUAACAGCUUUUUAACAUCAAAAUAAUCAUUGGACAGAAAAACACGUUUUUGUUUAUUUAGCUGAUUUUGUUCAGUUUUUACCCUGGGCUUAUUUUGUCUUUUGUGCCUUUGAAGAUUAUCCUAUCUCAAACAAACUUUGAAAAAACCCAAAUGACCAUCUGAACUUGUUAAGCAUUGAUGAUAACAGAAAAAUUGUCCAGAUAAACAGCUUUUUCGCCAGUGUGGAUAUAUAGGCCCUUACACUUCAAUCUUAACCACCCAAGUUCACUUAGUAAUAAUCUAAUCUGUAUCUCUGAAACCAUAAUCCAAUGGGCACUAGUACUGCAAGGACAUGCCAUGGUGAGUUGCAAAAAUUUUCAAUGUCUCUGGACUGUAAUGAACAUGAUUUCAUCCAUCUGUAUUUGGCUAAUAAAAAUUAUGCUUUUAGUUUUUACAGAGCAUGCAAGAGAAGCACUAUUUUCUAUGGUUCAUAGUCUUAUGAAAUAAUUCAUUUUUCUUCACAGUGAUUCAUACCGAGUUGUUGGAUUUGAAGUGGAAACAAGAAGGUAAAAUACUGAUUGAUAGGAUUUAAUUCAUCUGCCUUCUGUUUCUCAUCUAUUAACUGAUAGAUAAGUGAUAAACAUGCAUGGGCAGACAGCUGAACCGCUGACAACCAGAUGUUAAGUUUAAUUUUUUAUGUCUCCUUUUUUGAUACUCUCACUCAAGAAGUCAGCUAUAAGAACACAGGGGAAUAGUGAGAAAAAUUAUAGUUGAAAAUAAUAUUGUUUGUAUUUACAGUGUUGCAAGAGAUGCAGUAUCUACUGAACAAGGUAGUAACAAGUGUUCCUUCACAUCUGACAAGCCAUCAGGACAAGUGGUUGCUCCUGACAGUAAGUAUUGUUCUGUAUCCAGACAGUAUCCAAUGUGGUAUUUUAGAGUGGUCAAUAGAAAAUGUGACCUUCUCCAGAAAAUCAAUACUAAUGCUUUUCCGUUUAAUGGCUAAAGGCAUUUACAACUCACUGGAGAAGCGUUAAAACAGGUUUUGUAAAUCAUUAGAAGCAUUUGGAAAACUGUUAGAAUUUUUUAACCUGCUGUUAAAAGCGUUAGAAAAACUAUUCAAGGCAUUAGAAAAAGUUGCUCAAAUUUUGCAUGAAAAACGUUUGAAGCAUUAAGAGAAGUUGUUAGAAUUUUGUUCGCUGCUUGGAAGAUUGAAGCAUGAGCCAUGGUAAGUUUUGUUCAUUAUCAAACCUGAUUCUUAAGGUUCAAGCUUAACAAUGUAUUGAAUUGAGAUAAACAGAUAGAGAGAUUACUUAAAAUCGUAAAGAGAGCUUAUUUCUGUUUUAGCUUUAAAAUCAACAAAUAGAGGCAAAAGAUUGAAUCGAUCCCGUAACAUAUGAACCUGAAUGACAAGUUAGCUAGGUACAGAAAUUCAGUCCCAAAUUGCCAAGAUAUCUGACAAAAAUAGGUCUCACAAUUAAAAUGACACAUUAGUAAGCUUUCUACAAUGAACGAAGGAAAACCUGAAACAAAAGCAAGUUUUAAGAAAAUGUGAAAACAAUCGACCAUGUUUUGGUUAAACAUGUGCUUCAAAAAUGUGCCUGGAGUACUAAGCAUGGAUGAACACAACGCAAACUUGUGUGGUGUGUUUUGAUUGAAAGGCGAUUUCUGAGAACAUUUCAAAGAUAAUACAAUGAAGAAAUGAGGGAAAAUAGAUAGCAACAAAAAAAACCAAACAACAAUUUAUUGUUUAAAACUUUUUUCAUGUAAGCCGUUUAUGUCGUUUAGUCGACCCAUUAAGCAAACCAUCCAGAAAAUGAAGGAAAUCCGCUCAAACACUUUCCACAACUGUUAGAAAUUUUUGCUUACCCGUUAAAAGUGUUAAUCAAACCGUUAAAAUGAGCCGUUAAUGAGCCAUUCAUCAGCCGUUAGUUUUUCCCCGUUUAAUGGAAAAGCGGCAUUGUAUGUUUUCCUGGAGAAGCUCACAAAUAAGUAACAAAUUAUUUUUGUAGGGGUAACACAAUUACUGGUAAACCAAUAGUUUUCAUUGUGGCUCACUAGGUGAAGAAUCUCAACUGGCUGCAGGCAAAACCAGUUGGCUAUUUACAAUCAUAUAUGACUGAGUAGUUAAACUGGAGCCUAGCAAAAAUAAAUGGGUAGGGAUUGAGCUCAGGGUCUCCUUCCAACAUUCUUUAGAACUGUUUGGCCAUGCUGCCUCCUGCAGUUUAUACAUUAGAUAUUAAUUUAUCUGAUGUUAGGUGAUUCAUGAUCUGGCCUUUUGUAUCAUCUGCUAAUGUUUUAUUUAUUUAUUCAUUUAAUGUAAGUGGAUUGUCCCCAAUGUAUAUCAGAUUAAUAGUUCUGUGAUAUGUUUCUCAGAACUUGCUGGUUUCCAUUUGCAUUGACUAUUGACAGUAUGUGUGUUGACAUACAUGUACGAGCAACACACCAAGCCCCAGUUGUAACAUUGUGACACUGUUUAUGGGAUAAAUCUCUAUCUGGAUGGCAUGAUUGGUUCCCACAAUACUCAUCCACUGUUUGUGGGUAGUGAUAAAUUAUUAUAUCUGGCAGACAACUGGGGUUGUAAACAUGACAUGUUUUGUGUUUUGUUUAGUAGGCUGUUUAUUCUAUUGAUGCAGUCUUUUUUAUCCUGGUGUCACUAAAAGUUUCAAUAACAGGCCAAUCAGCUCUAUACUAGUCAUUAGUCUUGUGCCUGUUGUGUUAACUAAAAAACAUUAAAACGGAUAUUACUACUUCAAGAAAAAUUUACAAACCCUAAUUAUUUUUUACAGAGGAAAAUACUGUGGUAUACACCUAUGAAGUAAAAUGGGAGGUAUGUAAGCCUAGAAACUUGAAUUGUUGUAGGCUUUGUGGGUGUUUUUUUUUAUUUUUAUUUUUUUAUUGCAAGUAAUACACACACAGAAAAGAAGCAAAAAUUACACAGAAUAAAUAAAGUAAUAAAAAGAAAAAAAAGUAACAAAUAAAGUAACAAAAAAAACAAAUCGCGAAUUUACACACUUACAUGGCAAUAUACUUACAAAUAUUAAAAUACGUUACAGCAAUGGUAAUUCCAUAUAUUACUGUACUUAGUAUAAUCUAUAAUUAAUUUUUACAUUUUUUUUUUCUUUCUUUGUGGUGAAAGUAAUAUAAAUACUCAUAGUAGGUGCACUAAUUUAUGUUUUUGGAGUUAGGAGACAAGACCCAGCGAGGAAAAGAAAGGUUUCCAUUUUUUUUCCCAUGGGUUUUCUCUAUUCCGUGCAAUGACAAGAUCAAGUCUCUGUAGAUCUCUGGUGUAGAAGUAACGAUAUUAUUACAUUCUCCUGACGUCAAACAACACCUAAACCCAACCUGCAAAAAGCCUUGGGAUGAACAUUUAGCAGUAAAGAAAGUUAAUUUGUUGUUUGGGACAAGUGCCAGAAAUGGAAAUAUGUCAUAGACCUUAGACUUCUGUUGCCAGGGGCUGUUAUUUGUUUAGAUCAAAAGUGCCUGGGAGGAAAAACAUGAUAAGAAAGACUACGAGAGACAUUGAGAAUGCUCAAUUGGGAUAAAGUACCAUUGAAACGACAAAGAAAAUCAGUUGGGCAUACUGUUGGUUUGCAGAACUAAGGCUAGUAAUCAGAAGGCAAUCAAACAUAAUGAUUUUGAAUUGGCUUUGGCAAACUGCACACUGCUCUUGCAGGAAAAUUUCUUCAAAACGAGUUCUGAAUUCUUUUUGUAUUUGAAACCACUCUGUAAAAAACUAUUAAGUUUAGUUAGCUAAAUAAAGUAACGACUUAUUGGCAUUUGUAAGCAAAACAUUUUUUCACCGGUUUCAUCAGUAAAUUCAAGUCAAACAGACAAAGCCUUAUCUGUUAAAACUUCCAAACCGAAUUUUGUCACCUUCCUGUAUUUCGGGAACAGCUUGUUUGAUUAUUUGUGAAAUUUCUUUGUUUGUUAUGGCAGCAAACCAGGAAGCUAUUUUGUUUGAAAUGUACACAAGUUUGGCAUCGCUCGCUCACUCAGUGUAGCUGGAGGUGAAUCAGUGAAUCGCACUUGAUAUCCCGAGUUUGAGUAGCCAAUCAGAGUGAGCAAAAAACACUGUCCACUGUUUUAGUAUAAUACUAAAUUCGAUUACCAGAAGCCGUCCUGUGUGUCCUCAAGGGCUAUUUUCUAAUUUAAAAACAGAUGUGAUAUAUGCAGUUCAUCAGGGGCAUUAAAGACUUUUACUUCAUUGUUUAAUACUUAGAACCUUUUUUCAUUUCACUUGGGUUGAUUAAAACAACUACUAUACACUUUGGUCUUGAUAAAAAAGAAAUGUAGCUCUAUCAAACAGAUCUUCCUGAUCCAACUUGUCCCCACAUUUCACUGAAACCUCUGAACUUCUCCACUUUGGUGAUGUUACAGGUCAAAAUAGAAUUCAGGUUAGAAUUUUUUAAUCUAGGUUGAUUCUCAAUUUCCUCUGUCACCUAGCUCUAAUGCAUGAAUAAUUAGGGCUAUGAGACAAUGGAAAUUGAGAAUCAACCUACCCGUAGGUCCUCAGUUAAAAAAUUUUAACCUGAAUUUAAUUUUGACCUGUAAUAGUGACAUAGUCUGCAACUACUAUUCCAAAAGUAAACAUUCAAACAAGCUUAAUAAUUCCUGAUUAUUGCUAGUGUAAUAAAGUAGGUAUGUACAGUGUAGUAGAAAACUGACAACCAGAGACUGAUUGCAUGAAUUUGACUUAUGAUGCAGGCCAGUGAUAUUGUGUGGGCUUCCAGAUGGGACACCUAUUUAGCCAUGAGUGAUGUUCAGAUUCACUGGUUUGCAAUUGUCAACUCUGUUGUUAUCGUCCUUUUUCUCUCUGGUAAGUCUGGGUACUCUUUUACUUGAAAUCAUUUAACAUUUCCAAGAACCCUAGUAAACACUCCCACUCCUUGUUUUUGAGACAGUUGUGGUACGUGUAUCUUGACUUCAGCCAAAACUCUCCUGGGAGACUCCUCACCAUUACAGACGGUUACCCUUGUCUAAAGGGAUUAACCUUUAUGUAAUCCCCGAAUCUAUGCUGUUGAUUGGUACGGCAGAACAUUUUCUGUAUGACUCUGGGAAGGCUGGAGAAACUCUCCUCUUAGUAAGUCCUUUUUUUAAAAAAAUGAGAGGCCAAAGCCCCACAUCAUGGGAGACAAUUUAUCACAGGCGUGGAUUGAGGGUGAGACUUGCAGACUGACUGACAGGUAAAUGAGAUAAAUAUUGUUGUGAAAUGCUCUAACAGAUUCCCUAUCCCUAAACUAGACUUUUAGGAGAUCAUGUUAAGUUUAGGGAUAGGGAAUAAUAUUAAUACAUAAUAUAAAUAAUAAAUUAAUAUAGUUUAUUUCACUCUCUUGCAGUUAAAAAAUACUGAAUGAACAAGUGAUACGUAUACAAUCUAAAAAAUACAACGUAACUAUGCUAGGACUUUACAAAGAAUAAUUACAUUAUUUUAGAUAUGCUUAAACAUGAUUGCUAGUACAAUAAUAAUUUUUAUUAUUAUUAUUGUACUAGCAAUCAUAUUUAUAAAUAUCUAAAUGUAAAAAAUUUGUCAGCUCUCUUAGUUUUUCUUAAUUUGUUUAUUGUUCUUUCACUAGCAGAUCUUAAAUUAUAAGAGAUAGAUCUUGUUUCAGAUUUUGGAAUGAGGAAUGAUACUGGGUUAUUGUGAUUGCUAGCCAUAUCACAGACAAAUUGACAACACAGGGAAACCCUUCUAUUUGCUAGAGAUUGAGACGUUUGCCUCUAAAAGGGCUUGAUUAUACACUGUGCAUUCAGGAUGUUUAAUUUUGAGUGCUCUCUUUUGAGUACAUUCUAUCCUAUCAGACAAGUACUCUGGAAUGUCCUGCCAGACUUGAAUCACAUAUUCUAAAAUUGAUCUAAUGUUACUUACACACACUUUCAAGAUGUCAUGUGGGUUGACGCCUGCACGUUUUAAUAGUCUUUGGGCAUACAAACAUUUGGGGCUUAAGCAAUGAUACAGUCUACAUGUGAGUUCCAUUUAAGAUCUUCCCUAAUGAUUACUCUGAGUAGUUUGUAUGUCUUCACAGUCUCAACUACUUGGUUCCCAAUACAAAUAGGUCUCAUUACAGUAUUACGAUUUACCAUGAAGUCAACAACCAUUUCCUUGCAUUUCUAAAUUUUCGGGUGUCACUUCAUUCUAUGACUUAUACAAUACUCAUGAAUGUCUCUAACUGCUAUGUCAAGCAUACUUAUAUAAUUUCUUGGGAUGACUUCAAGUACAGUAGUAUCAUUGUCAUAGUGUUUCAUCAACAUAGCAUUUCAACAUUUUACAGCAUUGUUUACCUCGUUCACCUCAUUCUAUGCCCAUGGUAAAUAAUUGUCUCCCCUACAUCACAGCCUCCCUGUUGCACUUUCAGUGGACUUCAGCCUAGUGCAGACAUUUUGCUCUGUAGCUUUGAUGACUUUGUUGUUAGAGAUUUGACUGCUUUUAAAUACCAAUGUAUAGGACUUGAUAUGCAUGUAUCACGCAUACAGCUUUUAUUAAUGAAUCUCAGGUUUUUAAAAAAGAUUAUUUACCUGUGACUUUUUUCCCUCCUUAGCUAUUGUAUCUAUGAUCAUGAUCAGGACAUUACGGCGUGAUAUUGCACGAUAUAACAAGGAGGAGGAAAUGGUAAAGAAGCCUAUUGAAUGAAAAGUCCUAGCUGAGCUGAACGUGGAGAUAAGUCUUCUAAUGAUACAAUCCUUUUUAAUCACAUUAUGCCUCACAGGAAGACACUAUGGAAGAAACUGGCUGGAAACUAGUCCAUGGGGAUGUAUUCAGACCUCCUCAGAGGGCGUGGUUACUGACAGCAUUUGUUGGAUCAGGGGUGCAGAUCUUCUGCAUGGUUCUCAUCACAUUGGGUAGGUAUCUAGUGAACUUGUUUAAUGUUAUUACAUAUGAUUAGCGAUGUUUAAGGGCAGAGGAUUCAUUUAUGGACAAAGAAAUAAAUGAUCUAUUCAUAUGAUUUUAACAUGUGUAACGUUGAAGAUUUGUAAGUUUAAGAAGUGGUGUUGGGUAUGCAGGGUUUCACUGUGAACAUUGUUAGCAUGUCUUAUGUAUUUUUAUUGUUAUUUCAGUAUUUGCAAUGCUUGGAAUGUUGUCUCCAGCCAGCAGAGGAAGUCUUGUAACAGCUAUUAUAUUUCUCUAUGUAUUCAUGGGGUGAGUACAAAACAAAAGUGCUUGAAAUGACCAUGUUUUUUUUCACUAUAUUCUUUGUAUUACAAAUAAAUGUAAAAAUUAAGAUAACAUACAUAUACUGUUGGCCAAAGACUCCAGUUCCUACCUGCAAUGAAGUCUCAUAUUCUUUUAAGAUCUGUAGUUAGUGGCUUCUGUGUCACCAAAUUCUGAACCAGUAAUUCAUAACCACCAUAUUUUUAAUGGUACAAUAAAUACAUCAUACUUGGUUUGUGCUUUCCUGUUUCUUUUUCUUUAUAGGAUUUUUGCUGGUUAUUUUGCUGCUCGACUUUACAAGACAUGCAAAGGCCAAAACUGGAAGAAAUCUGCGUUGCUGGUAAUUUGUAAUUUCCUUAUUGAUGACCAACACGCUCAUCUGCUUUUCUUUGACAUGGAUGCUGCUACUAUGUUUGCAUUAGAUUUCUGACAUUAAAAUUUCUUUAUCAAAUAAGAGGAAUAUUUUACUACAGGCAUCAUAACGCAUUUCUAUUGUUUGCAUUACAACUCUCACUCUCAAUGUCCAAUAUUAUUGAAGCUUUUGACUGCAUGCCAGCCUUCUUUAGCAAUGACUGAAUUCACUGAUAAGUCCUGUAACAACACUGAACUCAGACAUUGCCAAUGAAGACUUUGAGACACAGUUCAAAACUUUGAUUCUUUAAUAUUAACGGACCUUGAGACCAGAGUUCACUCACUCAACCUCUUCAUCCCGGCUGGGACAUAAAGCUGCAACACUAGAGUUACAGUACAAGUAUUGAACUUCAAGGUCAAGAAUAGCAUACUUAAUAUUUUAUGUUUAUUAUGUUUUGUUCCCCAGACAGCUACUUUGUACCCUGGAUUUGUUUCCAUAGUUUGCUUCAUCUUAAAUUUCUUUAUCUGGGGACAACACUCAUCUGGAGCGGUAAGGCUUAUGAGAAAUAGUUCACAUUGAACGUGCACAAAUGGACCCUUUGCAUAGACAGACACCUCACAGAAAGUCAUAGUCUCCAUGGCAAACAGAUACUGCAUAAUUUUAACCUUUCUCAAAUGGACACUCUCCUAAGCAGGCACUUUUUCUGAUUGCAAGAAUGUCCAGUUACAGGAUUCAUGUUUUACUGUACCUCACAACAUUUUAAGGUUUUUUUUACUUCUCAUGACAUUUAUUCAAUACAUUUUUUGCUCUUAAUACCGUUCAGACAUUAGUCCCACAGCCAAAAAUGGCAAAUUAACUUCACUCUACUCCUGAUGCCCAAAAAACUGUAUUGACAUCUGAUAGGUUUUCUGUUUUUGAAAUAAUUUUUUUUAGAUUCCUUUCACCACUAUGCUUGCCCUGCUCUGUAUGUGGCUUGGGAUUUCAACUCCUCUGAUUUUCCUGGGCUAUUACUUUGGAUACCGAAAACAGGUGAGUUAUCCAACUGUAGGAAAUAUGUGUCUUGGUGAUUAGGGCCACUCAAGUUUACACCUGUUAAACAUGGUGGGGUUGGGUACUGGAUGGUUAACAAGCCGCAAAUAUCCAAUGUUGUUAACUCUUCGAUCAUGAGCUUCAAAAGAAAAGCGAAAAUCAAGGUAAAAGAACAUUUUUAUUGUAUAUCACUUCAUGGAUGGGUUGGCUACUGUAUGCAUGCAAGAAUUGUGGUUCAGUCCGGCUCGUUCUGUCAGAACCUUGCUUCCCUGAAAUGUAUCUUUGAUUUUAUAACAUACCGAGUCAAACCCUCAAUGAAGUUGGGACUUUUUACUGCCAAUGACCAGUUUUACCAGUGUAGUUCCCUACUUUCGCUGUUGUUCAGUUUACAUGUGAUCUUUACUUUUGUUUUCCAUCCAGCAGCCAAAAUAAUAUGCUAAAUAUGCUUUGCUAUGUGCAUUUAAAGAAUUUAACGUAGGAAAAAAAAACAAGAAGGAAAACUGGCUCUUAACGUGGAAAUUUCCUUGAAAUGCAAGGGGUUUAUCUUUCAAGUACCAAAAAUGUGCAAGGGCUUUGGCAAGGAAACCGGUGGUAGCAUUGCCAAAUGUCGGCUGUUUUCUCAGGCUACUUUUUUGCUAUUCAUUGGUAACUUGAAAUGGCAAAAGAAGUCUGGUACUGCCCCUCCGAUUAUCCUAAGAACUUCAGACAUGUGCUAAAGGAUAUUUGUGGAUGGUUACUCAAUUGGUUCCUAACCCCACCCAACAGGGCUUAACUUAGAUGACCUGGUGUUCUUCUAGGGUUGCCAGGUUUUACAAAACAUGUAUAUCUAGAUCUGUGUCUUGGUGACUAAUGAAAGCUGCCAAUGUAUUGUUGUACAGAUAUACAUGGUGGUCCUCUUCAAAUGUUAACAGUUGGAAGUUUAGUGGCUCCCUGCUGAUGUGUUCUCUGUUUCUCAUUGCACCCAAUUGUAUCAAUGUUUUCUGCAGAAAAUUUAAUACUUCAUGCUCUUUUGGAUUUAUAAUGUACUACAAAAUGUUUUGUGUUUCAGCCUUAUGAGCAUCCUGUGCGAACCAACCAGAUUCCUCGACAGGUUCCAGAACAGUCCUGGUUUAUGAAUCCUUUGCCAAGGUACAUUGUAAAUAUAAAAUAAAAUAAGUAAACCUCCUUUUUGAAAGGUUUGUAAUUGUCGUGGAAUUCUUAUAACUCUGCACACUGGUUCAAACAAGACUCAAGAGGACUGCAUCUUUUGAUUGAACAACAGGAUCUAAUCCAGUUGAACAAUCUAUCACAAUGUACAAUUCUCACUUAUUCAAGGAUCAGAAAAGAACUGCUGCAUUCUAAGAAUACAGAGAUUUUUUCUUUUAUCCUUGCAUAAGGCAGUAUUUUUACACAAAUCAGAUGUACAAUGUCAGAUUUCUUUCCUGACUGUGAUAAAGACCUGACUCUGGCUUUGUGUUGUUCCAUAACAAAAACAUGUAAAACUUUAACUGGUCCUGUCAUUCUUUUAGUAACCUCAUGGCUGGCAUUCUUCCUUUUGGUGCUGUAUUUAUUGAACUCUUCUUUAUCUUGUCUGUAAGUAUAUAUUUUUCUUAGUAACAUUAAGAAACAAACUCAUCAGAUCACAAAUUCACAUAUUUUGUGAUACUCAACACAUUUAUUUAGCACAUGCCUUUAACUUUUGUCCAUUCAACAAGAUAUCUAGUGAUGAAAAUUCUGAUUUUCCCAACAACCUUGAUAAAAAUUAAAGGAGAUAAUGGCUAUUUUUUGGUUUACAGAAAUUAUUUUCUGAAAGUCCUAAAAUACUCUUUAAAUCUGCAAAUCUAUUUGGUAUACUAAUUUUGAAUAUUUUACGUUGAUGCCUCUAGGCUAUCUGGGAAAACCAGUUCUACUACUUGUUUGGUUUCUUGUUUUUGGUCUUCCUGAUUCUCGCCAGCUGUGUUUCCCAGAUUUCUAUAGUGAUGAUCUACUUUCAGUUGUGUACUGAGGUAAUCUUGAUAUUGUAGACUUGGUAAAAUUUGGAUCAAGUUAGCACUGGACACACAGAAGAAACAAUACUCAUUGCUUUUAAUUAUUAAUACCGCUAUACCUUAUUUACUUGAAUAAGUGCCGCCCCCAAUUAAACGCUGCCCACGAAUAAGCCCCUUGUUUGGGAGAAAGAAGUUAAUGAGGACUGCCCCUGAAUAAGUGUCGUGGCCCUGAUAUAAUCAAGAUCAAAAGACGUUAAUUCUUUUAAUAAUACUGUAGUCAAUUCUUUAUCACCUCCAACUUUCAAAUAAACACUGCCCUGGAAUAAGCACUGCUCUUUAGGAAAGAAAAAUUUAAUAAGUGCAGGGUGCAAAGAAAGUCAGUUUUAUAGCUUGACAUUCAGACAAGGUGUACCCAACUUGUGCUAGCCCACAAGUCAUUUCAACUAGUCCCAAAACCCUUUUUGAUGAGCAGGAUUGAUUACAGUUCUUCUGUAAUUUUAAUUCCCCCGAAAAAACACUUGCCGAUUGGGCAAGUUAAGAACAGAAUUCACUAGCCCAACAGCAAAAUCCACUAGACCCAGGCUAUCGGACACUACUUUCUUUGCAUGCUGAAGUGCUGCGGUGCUUUUUCAAGUAAAUACAGUAUUGCUGCAGCCUUAACCAAGUAUAAAUGGAUGCACUUAACUUUAGGUCUCUCUUACUUACCUGUUUAAGGAAUCUUUGUUGGAUAUUUUGAAUGUAUGACUUAAAGCAUUGGUGUUUCUUUUUACAGGAUUAUCAUUGGUGGUGGAGGUCAUUCUUUACAUCUGGUUCCUGCUCUAUCUAUGUGUUUUUAUAUGCUGUUUUCUACUUUGUUACAAAAGUGAGUUUUUUUAGCAUCCAAAGCUCAGUGGAUAUUGUGAUUUAUGGAAAUAGUACUUUGCAUUGGUUUUUGCUGUUUUCUAGAUUAACAUGAGUACAAACUACUGAUCCUAAUGCUAUGCAACAUGUUUACUUGAUUAAGUGCCCUGGGUGCUUACUAAAUUUUUGAACCUUUAAGGUGGGCAUUUUUUCGGUUCUGGGCUCUCAUUGAAUUUAGCAAUAGUAAGUUUAUUUUCAAUUGCAACAAAUCAUGAAGAUGUUCCAAAGAAGAAUUUUACGUAACUGUUCAUUGAAAGUUUAAAAUAUUAAGAAAACUUGGUCUUCAGGAAAUCCUCUUAGGCUAUGCCAAUCAGUAUUUUUGUUGGGUGGUGGUAGGGGCUGGGCGAUUAUCAACUUUUUUUGCUAAUAGGGUGGGCAGUUAUUUGAGAGGUUGAGGCUGGGGCUUAAUCAAAUAAAUAAUUAGGGUAGAUUCUUUCUCUAAAUGCAGUUGUAGUAGCUGAAUUACGGUGAUCACAGGAGUUUGCUUUCUUUGGUGUUGUUUUUGUUGUUUUUAAUAUCUCAAAUUAAUCCCGCUCUCCUUUGUGUCUGCAUUCAUAUUUCUGUCUGUUGCCUCUGGCAAGCAUGGGGACAGGGAGCAGUGGGAAAGGGAAUCAUCCCUCUAGACUCACGUCCAUAUGCAGGAGCAGGGAGUUAACAAAAUACCAGCACCAACUUGAACCUCAACAUUUCCUUUGUGCCAUGAAUGAUUCACUUUCGUCUGCCCUGUUCCUCAUUUGGGGAUUUGAUAAUGACCCGCCUUCUUGACUGGUCUUUUCCUUAGCUUGUAGUGAUGUUGAUCAUGAUGAUGAUGAUGACUCACGGUCAUAUUUUGACAAAAUGGUUUUUUCUUUUUAGCUUGACAUCCAAGACUUUAUCCCAGGCUUACUAUACUUUGGAUACACAGUUAUCAUGGUACUCUCAUUCUGGCUUCUAACCGGCUCGAUUGGUUUCUAUGCAACAUACAUCUUCAUCAGACACAUUUAUGCAGCAGUGAAAAUUGAUUGA